AUGAGCUCCCCCUUGUUUAUGACACCCCACAACCUAAUACCCUCCAGCAAGUACCACGAAAUUAGAGCCCAAAAUGAAGAAAAGGCAAAACUGAGCAACCGAGAUGUAUACGAGUACCGUAGCAGCAAGGUGGGUCCGAUGUACGCCACCACCACGUUUAAGUCGCACCCACCAAUCUACACAGAGAAGGUUACCUACAACCCGAAUGUAGGUAGCCAAAGUACAGCGAUUGCCAAUUAUGGUGCACAUGGGGGAAAUGCUCCAAAGGUUAACUGCAUGAAUUCAUUCCCCUGUUUAAAGGGACACACAAUGGGGUGCAAUGAAAUGAACAAUGGAACCAAAAAUGGGAUUCAUAACAGCGGCAUAUUUACCAAUCCAACUGUUAGUGGUUACACAACGGGGUAUAAUGCUCCCCCAACAAACAAACGGAUCAUCAGAAAAGUGAGCAAAGUGCCGUGCCUGUUUAAUACCAAACCGGUAUUCAUGCAAGACAGUUGCGAAAAGGUGUACAGUGACGUGGGUGGAGUUCCCAUCCUAUUUGAUUCCCCCGUGCAUGGCAGCAAAGGGUACGUGCAACUAAGUACGCACGACGAAAUGCAACUCUACAACAUUAAUGAGAAGAAAAAAAACAAAGAUCCAGAACUGAUGGGAAAAAUAAACCAUGUGGAACCUUUUAAAAAGAGAGUAACAAAGGAAAAACUACCAGAACCGAUUAUAAAAAAUAAAAUUAAUGAACUGAUAAAAGAAAAGGAUGAACAAAUAAAGGAAUUGGAAAAUGAGAUCCAAAAUGAGAAGAGAAAAAGCGAAAUGAUCAGACCGGACGGUGAACAAAACGACAGGGAGUACUCCAAUGUAGAAAAUAGAAAGCUGAAGGAAAAAUUGUUGGACCAAAAAAUCAAAUAUGAAGAAACGCUCAAACAUUUGAAAAGGGUAGAAAUUGAGAGAAGGUCCCUAAAGUCAAGUUUAAACGUCCGAGAUAAAGUCCUGAACAAACUGGAAAAUGAAAUCGGCUCUGUGGACAACGAAAACGAUUUCCUGCUUCGCUUGAAGGAGAACACAAGUCUGAGUGAUGUGCAUAAUCUUUUCAAAUUUUUGCAAGGCAGAGGUAAGGAAGUAGAGGAGGAUAAGUACCAAAAAUGUGCAGGGAAAAAUAACCAAAAGGGACUAAACAAAGCGAACGAAAGGAGGAACAACAUAGUUGAUCCAUAUGAGAGAAACGACACUUAUGGUGUGAAGGAAGCAGAAGAGGGAAAACAUAAGGAGGAUGAAUUCAGCUGGUACAAGACGAAGAGCACGUGUGAGGAGGGUCUCCUUACAUUGGAAGAAGAUGACUCAAAGGAGAAUAGAAAUUCAUACAAAAAGGGGAAAAAGGUGUCCAAAUUUUCCCAACCCAGUUUCGACAACAACGAUAUGUAUACGCUCAAGUCAACAAUCGUGGAGUUGGAAAAGGAAGUGUACGAACUGAAGGAAGAAAAUAAAAAUGUGAACUUUAAAUAUGAAAAUACGUUUCAAGCUUUAAGCGAAUUGAGGAAGGACACCCUGGAGUACAUGGAAUCCAUCGUUUCACGUGACAUGCGCAUAGCAUAUAUGGAAAGUAUGCUACAGAAAAGCGAAAAGGAUCUAACCAAAUUGAAAGAACUCCUAAGAAAACAGCAACUCCUUUACACAGAAAAGGUAGACAAAUGCACGUCCGAAAUAGGCAUAUUGGAAAAGCAAUCCUCUCACCUACAAUCCAUGAUACAAGAAAAAGAUUCAGAAAUAGUUUUGUUGAAAAAUGAAAUAAUACGCAAUGAAAUUUUGGUCAAACAAUAUGAGGAAAGAAAUAAAGAACUGCAAAACGAACUUCGACUCAUGUGCAACAAUCUAGAAAACGUAAUUGACGCAUCGAACAAGAAAGACCUGUUCAUGGUUGAACUGGAAAAACAAAUCAGAGAAAAUGAAGUUCACAGACAAAAUGCCUACCUGAUGGAAGUGGCCAAAAAUAGAAAAGUCCAUGCAAAUAUGAAAUUCAAGGAAAUGAUGUAUGAUAAAUCGGCUAAACACCAGGUGGAUGAACUACACAGCUUGAAGAAGGAACUCUACUUGAAUAAAAUACAAAUGCAGAAAGCCAGGGAUGCAUUCGAAGUCCUUAAGAAGGUACCCAAGGCAGAAUCUUUAUCUAGAAGCAAGCAAGACUUCAGCCAAGAUAACGACUCCAGCACUGUUCACAAUUUUUCUGAGGAUAAAAAUGAUCGGGACGGAGGAAACACCACCUUCGAGGCCAAGGUGUCCUCUGAGGCCAGGCUAGCCUACAAGGCGAAGCACUCCGUGGGUAAGAAGAAGAAGCGGGUCCCCAAGUCAAGCCCAUCAGCGAGCAUAUCCACCAGCACCCAGGAGAACGCGCAGACAACUGCCCAGGGGGCCAUUCAAGAAGUAGUAUAA